GAAGUGACUCACAGUGACACUCCCUGGCCAUGGGCCUCUCUUCCAGGGGCUAGGAUGGGAGGCCCAGGGGUCUCUCAUGGUGCCCCGAGGCCCUGGGGGGUGACCUUGGCAGCACUGGGCAGGCUGAGCACCUGGGCCAGAAACGGGUCCAAAGCCCCUGUCCCUCCAAUUGGCUCACCACAGGCUGGUGCAAGGCUCUGGGUUGGCUGGACACCCACGGCGGGCUCAGGGUCAGUGGGUGGGGAGAUUUAUACUCAGUGCCCCAGUGGCCGAGGAAGGAGGGUGAAGAUGGGGCCUGGGAGCCUGCUGUCCGGGCUGCUCUCGGCCCUUGUGCUGGCGACAGGUUCCCAGCCACAGGAGCAGCUGCCCAGGGAGUCCCACAUCCUCAACUGGAACAAGUUUUCAGGCUUCUGGUACAUUCUGGCUGUCGCCUCUGAUGACCAGGGAUUCUUGCCAGGCAGAGAGCGGAGGAAGCUUGGGGCAUCCUUGGUGAAGGUCCACAAAGCCGGCCAGCUGAGGGUGGUGCUGGCUUUCAGCCGGUCACAGGGGUGCCAGGCACACACGGUAAUUCUGCGGAAAGAUAGGAAAAAGGCCAUGUUCAGGAACACCUGUGCGUAUGACAGCCUGGGGCACGGAGAGGUGACCAGGGUGGGAGCGUCCACAGCCUCAUGGCCACAGACCCCUGGAAGUGAAGGGGGUGGAGGGCUUCCACGUGCUGUCUACCGACUACAGCUCUGGUGUGGUCUACGUGCGCCUGGGCCGAGCUGGCCACGCCUCCAGGACCCUGCUGUUCUUCAGCAGGCAGAGCAUGUCCAGCUUCCCGAGCAUGAAAAAAUUCGUAGACAUAUGUGAGAUUCUGGAGCUUGCAAAUGGUGUGACUGUCCUCCCAAAAGACGCCUCCUGUGCGCACACCAUCCGGCCCUGAGCACCAUCAAGCCGUCCACUCGCCCUUUCCGUCAGGGCGUCAUUGUUGGGCCCUCUAGACUUCGGGAUCACUGACCAAGACUGCAGGUCCUCACGUCCACCAGCUUCUUCACACGCGUUUGAUGACCCCAGGCCAUUGAGGGGGUGAAGUCAGCUCCAAAGGGAUCCUUUAUGAUCAUCAAGAGACAGGGAUGGGGGGCAGGUGCUGAGCGGGGACAGCUGUGCUCAUGCUCCCAGAUUACAUGGUGGAAAGAGGCUGCCACCCUUACUGGCUGCGAAAUAGAGCACGGCUGGUCCAGUGUCCUCCA